CAGUUUGCUGGCGCUGCCCGCGCAGCUCACUCGUGUGUUAUCUCGACGUUGCUUCACCAAAUAGACUUUCCGUAUACGAAUUUGGAACGUUUCCGACCGGUAAAGUCGGUUUAACUGUCGUUUUUGAAUAGCGUGCGCAUUUUGUGACCCGCCAAAAUUCGCAUUGCGAUUCAAUGGUGUUAUUGCUUCACUCUGUUACGCUAAAGUCUUAACAGAUAACUGUGAGGAAACGUGUGUGAGAUUCUCGUGCUGUGGAAACGGCAGUGUUAAGUGCAGUGAUUGAAAGCAUAAUUCUUAAUAUGUGUGUUUGAAUUUCUAAUACGAAUCGCUAACGUUGAGAAAAAAGUGGUUUGUGUGUUACUUAUCUGUUCACGGAGUUUCUUAUACUUGGUUGUUGGACACUAAUCUAUAAUAGACACAAAGCGACGACUUGCGCAACACCACGAAGGAACGGGAGGAACUGACAAAACAAAAUGUGACCACCGACACCAUCACCAAAACACGACGAUUGUUCUUCAAAUUCAUGAGUCUUCUCAAGAUUACAUGAUUAAGACACACUUAUUUAUUUUAUUUAACUUUAACGAAUCUAGUCGCAAUAGUUUAUUAAAUGAAGCAAUUUAGACUUAAUGUUCACAUGAAAUUGUACCAAGAGAUUAAGUACAAAGAGACGAGACAGUACAAAAGGGAAUACUAAUGUUUGAUUUAGAAGUAAAUUGAUUUUAUUGGAAGUUCCCGAACGUUCGAGACAAGAUGUCCACUAGUUUCGAGAACUCGGCUAUGAAGAGCAGCUUCUCCCUGUCCUCGUUGAAAAGCGCCGCCUACCCCAACGGGCCCUGCGACCAGCUAGAGAGGCCCUAUCACAGCCUUACAAAAAAAAGGAAGGAGCCAUGCCGCGAAGCGUGGCGACGCAGCUGGGGCUCAGCGGCGAGCGGAGGCAGUGUCGCCGACGACCUGUGGCCGCUGCUGCAGCACCACUACGAGUAUAUCAUGGACAACCAGAUCAUCGAUACUUGCAAGGAAGCAAACGGCGAGUUGUUAUCAAACAACGCGUCAGUAUUGCACGGGCCGCGACUACUCAACCCGACUUCAGGUUUCAACAGGCAAUGGUCGCUCAGCCAGCUCAUAUCGGAGUUCACGGAGCUGUGCCAGUGGCUCACGCACGUGCAAGAGGAGAUAUACUCCAGCCCGGAGAACUUGUCCAGCAGGAAGUUGCGAACGAACCGCAUGUCAGAGCUAGUGUCAGUGGAGCCGCGUCGAGCGAAGUUCAUCGAGCAGGCCUCCGCCAUCCUCGACAGGAUACCCGAGGCUGGCGCUGAGGUGUCAUGGCGUGUAGAACAUCUAAACGUGAAGUGGGAGAGUCUCCGCUUGCUACUGAGCCCAGAGCAGCAGCAACGCGACGGAGAUUGCUCCGAAACUGUCGACACGGCCCACGAGCUGCGCUGCCUGCGCCGCUGGCUGCACGUGAUGGAGGGCCGCCUGCCGCCGCCGUCGCUCGCCGCCGCGCGCGCCGCGCCCUACCACGAGCUGUUACGGAAGCUUCGAGAGCAUCAGGUAUUGCAACGCGACGUGGAAUGCCACGGUCGGAUCGUCGGUUCGGUGGUGCGGCUGUGCGGCGGCGGUGACGCGGCGCGCGCGCUCGAGCGACGUUGGCACCUGCUGUACUUGCGAGCUAUCGAGUGGCAGUGCCACCUGGAGGCGUGUCUCGCUAAGAGCGACAGUCAGAACAUAGUAACAGUAGAGCCGGCCAGCGACAGCGACGACGAGCCGGCACUGAAGCAGCCGCGGCUCAGCCGGCGCGGCUCGCCAAAGCGCCAACGCACGCCGCCGUGUGCACGCGUAAGGGACUACUCGGAGGACAGCAGACAGUCUGCGUCUGAGGAGGAGCAAGAGUAUGCAGUGAUAAACACUUGGCGCAACUUCGGUUCGGACUGCGAGUGGGAGUCGAGCCGCAACAAGAUGGCGGACGAGCGCCGCGUGCCCGCGAACCAAUCGCCCGGCCUCGUGAGACGUAUGCGCACAGAUCAAACCGUGCCCGCUACUGAUGAGAUUGAUGGCAACGAGACGCGCAUGGACGAUGUUCCGAGAGAAAUCAAAACUCCCCCCACCGUGAUCAAAAGGAAGAAACCAAUCGAUACGUCACGAUUCAAUCAAUCCGAUCGGAAAUCCAAGAACUGCGCAACGUUUUACUUCAGACAUCACGAUACGGAUUCCGAUAGGCAAAUGAUUGAAACGGACGAAAAAUCGCAAGACGAAUCUUCGGAAGAGGAAUGGACAUAUGUAAAUGGCCCUAAAGUAGCAAACGAAGAUUCUACAGACAUAAUGACGUCAUCGGUUGAAAUUCAAUGCGAACUGCCAGUGGAUGAAAAGAAAACAGCAUCGCCUAAACCUAAAUUGGAAUCCAGCACGCCAGACUUAUUACGGGUCGAUCAGAACUCAAGGUGCAAGGAUAUAGAACGGCUAGUGAUUCAAGCAGAGGAAUUGGUACAGAAGCAAGCGCAGCAAAUGGCAAAGAAAAAGGGAUCGAGGAGUUUCAAACCAUUAAUGUUGGAAGAGGAAGGGAAGUCGGUCAGUAGAGCUAAGAUGUCAAGGAUAAAGGAAUGGCUGAAUCAGAGCUCGGAUGGGAAAAAUGAUAGCAAUCAGGGCACGGAAAACUAUGACGCAUCUGGCGAAUACACAACGGAAAGUGAAGUGGACACAUCGCUAACAUCUGAAGAGAGGAAUAUACAUUCUUCCAUGGACAUGAGCACGUCUACUUGCACCGUCACACCGACUCAUCAGGCGAAGGUGCAACUGCGCAAGAAGCGGGUCGGCAACAGCGCUCGCCCGUGGUCGGUCUCCUGUCUGUCUCAACUCAGCGGCGCGGCAACGUCGCUGGCCACGCCCACUAACGAGAUCUCGCAUAAUAUGUCCAUAUCGGAAUCAGCUCUGAAUAUGCUCGCUUCACCACAAAGAGUGACUCCAGGGAAUUCUAGUUCGAAGUUACGCGGCAGUUCUACUACUGUACAGGGCCACAUUUCAAGCACGAACACUAUGACUGAAGCGUGCACAUCUUGCGUGGAGGGUGAUAAACAGUGUUGGUUGCGACGAAAGAGAUUGCGACUUAGAAGAGCCGGGACCAAUCGCAGUGAGAGGCUUGUGAAGUCGCUGUCGUUCUGCGGACGGAUCAGCCCUGAUGUGGACGGGGUUGAGAGAAGUGCGGCUAGUGAUCCAGCUACUAGUAGGAAGAGUCGGUUCGACACAACGUCCACGUCAGGCAACGACAGCGACGAGGAACUGAUCAAACAGCAAGUGGCGACCAUAGCGAAUCUGCGCAAGAGCAUAGAGAAGACGCACAUCUCUUCUAAAGAACAAGACAGUGCCAUCCCUGAACAGAACGAGACGGAACAAGUGGCUCCCAGCUUCAAACUCGGUCCAGAAGGCGGUUUAGUUCGACCGAGGCUCACGAAAAGUAUGGAACGGGAACGGUCGUUUUUGGCUCUCAGUUUGGGAGACCCGAGCCAAAUGUGGGAUCUCUGCGUGGAUAAGGACUCGGAUAUAGAUAAGAGCGUGACGGCCGGCACGGAGGAACAUAGCUCGUUUUCUGAACAGGCGUGGGACUUCUAUCAGGAAAAAUAUAAUUCAGAACCAUAUUCAGAAGCUCCGGACUCGGAUGCCGCGCGUCGUUUGUUGGAAUUCGGUGACGACUACAGAGCAUUUUUGGACUCACAGUCGGACUGUUGCUCAAGUCUUUCAGCACAACCGGAAAAUGACCUGAGUCCCAGCGGUACACGCAGACGGCGACCUCCUUCAGAUAUAUCACGAGAGAGGAGCCUACCUAGACACAAGCGACCUUCGCGAACGUCCCCUGUAGAAACCCCAGUCAGAAAGCCCAAAAAAUCAAUGUCCAGCGCCGAACGCAAAAAGAACUUACUCGACAGUUUAGAAAGAUCUAGAAACAACACGAGCAUAGAGAGCAACGACGGGGGCCGCAGGCGAAAGCCCUCCGAGAGCGAACGCAGAAACAGCAAACGGUCCCCCGAAUUCGACUUGCUCAACAUACAAGCGCUCAGCCGCAGACGUCACAGCUCAAACCUCACCAGCGACGAAGUGAACAGCUCGCUCGAGUACACGGAAGUUAACAACAGACCGGAUAUAUUAGAUUCAUUGAAUAGAAGACGCAAGGAGAACGGCGAAGCGGAGUUGCAGAAAGUUGCGCUGUCCGAAUUGCGCAGGCGUUCAACAGAGAGCGGGGAUUCGGAGGACUCGUCGUCGUCGCCGAAGCACAGCCGGCGCGGGCGGGGCUCGGGCUCGGAGGCGGGCUCGGUGCGCACGCUGGUGCGGCGCUCGGGCGCGCAGCUCGACGCGGCCGAGGCGCUGCUGGCGCGCGACGCCGAGCCCGACCUGCUGCGGGCCGUCGACUACACGGAGGUCGUUACGCGUUGCCGCGAAAACAUCAAUCUAUUGGAAGUGGCUUUAGCUGACAGCACAUUGUCGCCAUCUUUACAGCGGGAUGUUAGAGCGGUGUCAGCGCGAUGGUCAGCGCUCCGCGCGGCGGCGAUACGUCGCGGCGGCGCGCGGCGGCUGCGUCGCGAGAUCGCGUCGCUGCGGGAGACGCUCGACGAGCUGUGCGAGCACGGGGACUGUGCGCCGCAACCGCACACUAGAGCGCAGCUGCACAGACGCAUUGAGGAGUUGAAGGACCGUCUGUCACGUUUGUUAGAAUGCAAAGUUUCGAUGUUGAAACUUACCGUCUCCGUUCGUCGCGCGCUCGGCGAAAUGGAGACAGAUGAAAGCGGUCUGACUGCGGACCUGACGGCUCUGCUAGCCGCUUGGGACGACGCACAUCAACGCACAUCUAAUGAGCUUCUCUCGCUCGAAAAGGCAGUUAGUGCCUGGGCUGAAUGGGAGAAUGCUCUGCGUGAAUUGCAGGGAGCUUUACGUGGUGAUAUAGCGACACUACAGGCGUUGCGCGAAAAAGGAUCUAAGAUAGAUGACCAAAGCGAAGUUGCUGUCCAAAUACGACAGCUGGCUGCUUCUUUGGUUGAUAAGAAAAAGGGUGGUUCAACAUGCGACUCGCUAUCCGACUCCGGUAUAUCGGACGGCGACAGCGAGAACGCGGGCGGUCGCGCGAGACGUUUGAGCGCGCUGCGGGAACUCGCCAAGCGCUUGCAGGCCGCGCUCGCACCGAACUCGCCCGCGCAUAGAGCUAUUGCGAAGCGUAUGGAGCAAACAGAGAAUGAAGUGAAGAUAUUGCAAGAGUCGUGUCGUGCUCUUGUGGAACAAAGCAUUCCUGAUUUGAAAAUCGAUGAUGAUACGGACCAUGCAAUAGUAGCAACAAGCAAAACCGGUUCAGGAGACCCCGACUACAACCCACGUAGCGGAUGGGUUUGGCGUGUUCUCCGCUCGUCCAUCCCCAUACAACUCUGCCUCGUGGCGUUGCUCUUAGCAGCGUGGCUCGUAGAACGGCCGAAAUGUUGCGACGCGCUAAACUCACUAGCGCAAACGCUAACGCCGCAACUGCGUUACGUCAGGGGACCGCCGCCAGUGUGAACGCGCCUUUACACUCGAAGGUUUGACAGCUGUCACUGUGACGUGUCACGCGUGACAUCAUCAACGGCGUCCAUAGAGUAGCGCGAUUUAGACGUUGUCAUUCACCGGAAAUUCUUGUUCGAAUUGAGGAACGUUUUGAAUUUAGAUUCUAUUUUCGAACUGUUUUGCAUACACGUGGUGUGUAAUGAAAUUUGUUAUCUGUAAACGUUUUUGUUUGCAGACAUUUGAUUAUGGAAAUUCUAUAGAGGAGAAUGCGUAGUGGAAACUACUGCUAAUUUGAAACUUGAAAGUCUAGUAUGGAAUGGAGAAUAAAGAGAGCAUUUACGAAGCUCACAAGACAUUUUAUAAUAUAAAUAUACAAACUUCGAACCAUAUAAUUGGUUGAAAAGGUUGUGAUUUGAAACAUCCAACUAGUGUUGUGUUAUUUUAAUUUUUUAUGUCUGUGUGAAUGUUGGGUUUGGUAGAAGUUGCAUGUUUAAUCGAUAAUAAUCAAUUUGCCAAAUUCCAAGAAUAGAUGCGAGAUUGAUGAGGUAUAAAUGUUAUGUUUAGUGACUAACAAGAAGUACAUUAAGUAUUCUUUUAUUUAUGUUGACGUGUGAACGCAGCCUUAACUAUUUUUACUACUGUAAUGGUUUGCGUGGAAACGAAAUAAAAAUAUUGCUCACAGCAAAAAAAAAUGUCAAAUAAACGAAAGUGUUCCAAAAAAUAAUAUCAUCUGUAUCAGAUGAAGUUCAAACUAGGUACUUUAGUAAUAAUUUACUAACAACAAGUUUGUAUGUAAGCCUAUUGUAGUACAAUUACUUAAUUUUUGUCGUGUGUGGAAUGCGCUAAGUGUGUAUCUUGUUACGUAUAGUACGGCGUCACGUAAAAAGAACGCUGGAUGAAAGUGAUGGGGUGUGUUUGCAUGGAUCGAGUUUUGCACGAAAGCUAUGUGCCGAUUAUUUUAUUUUUGAACUAGGCUCGCGAAUCGUGGCUUCGCAAUUACCUAUUUGUUAUUCUUAUAACCACCUCAUAACACCAAAUAGACCGAUAAAUCGCCAAUGCGCAGCCAUCCGUCAGCGUUCUUUUUACUUGACGCGACUUGUAUCUUUAAAGAUGCUAUUCAUUAACUUGCAAUAAACAUAGAGUUUUAGUGGAAUUAUUACUCUAUAUUUUAAAUGUUUCGUCUGUUCGGCGAGUUAUAAAACCAAGGAAAAACAUAUUUAAGUUACCUUGGCCUUGCAUUUAAUAAAAAGUGCAAGUAUUAUAUAAUCUUACUAUACACCUACAUAAGAUUAUCUACAAUGCUAAUGAUAAAAACAUUAAGUAUAAGUAUCAAAACUUCUAUAGUUUAUCAAGAUCUCACCGAACAGAUAUAUACAAAUGUAUUACAUAAUGUAAUACAGUGGCCUUAAUGAAAGUUAACUUAUAAGACUGAAUAAAUAAAUAUCAAUUUAACGCUAAACUUAAAUAUCUAUAAUUUUUUAAGAUUGCCUGUUUUGUAAUAAAUUCAAUGUAUGUCUUAUGUAUCUGAUAUUUUAUUUGACGUAUAGUUUGCGAUUUUGUUCGUUUAAAGAGUGUUACAGCUGCAUUAGAAAAACAAUAAUAAAUUUGUUAGCAAGCUAAUAAAGUUCAGAUAAAGUGGAUCAACUGGCUUUAAUAGUCUGCUAGCUUUUAAUAUAUUAUCAUAUUCUUAUUUUUUAAAUAACAUAUUACAACUGCUAGGCUAUGUACUGUCGCAAACUAUAGUGCAAAUGAGAAAUCACCUUUAUAUUUUAUCUAUACCGUAAUUUCAUCUGUGUUUGAUUUUAUGAAACAAACAAUUAUUAUUGAUUCUUAUUUCUUAUCUAUUAUUUUAUUAUUAUUUGAUUGAUAUAAUAUUUAUUGUAUUGAAUGUUGGGUGUAACGAAAUUUAUAAUUUGUUGAUUUUUAUAUGAAAAUGUAAUAUUUUUAUUAAUUAUUUUACCAUUUUGCCGAUAGGUGUUGAAUAUUCCUGUUGUUAAACAUGAGUAUUUCAUUUUAAACUGAUAAUAUUGUCGAUAUGUAUGUAUGUGUAUUAUCAAAAACAGUAAUAAAUCUAAUUUAUUAUUUAGGAUGAUACUUACCUACUAAUCAUAUCAGAUUCAUGGUUUUUUAAUGACUAUAUCCCUUUGUAUAGUUAUUAGGUAUGUCGUAAUUAUUAAUUAAAUAAUUUUCAAUAAUGUGCUUCAAUUAUUGGCAAUUUAAAAAGAAUUAUAUCAACAUACAGCAAAGAAAUUGUAUUAAAAAAACAUAUUACUUGUAUAGGUAACUUAAUAAGAAGAAAGUAUAUAUUCUACAAAGUUAUUAUCUAUUUACAAUAUUAUAAGUCCAUGAUUUUUAUCAGGGAAUAUUCACCUUUUGUAAGUCAUGCUUGAUGUUUGAGUGUGUAGCGCAUUCUAGUUGUGAAUGAUUAAAUUAGUUAUAAGAAUAUCUCUGUAGUGAUAUAAAAGUCAACUUUUACUAACGUUAAAAAGUUUUAUUUAUGAACCAUUAUAACAAUCGCAACCGCCAGUAUUUCUUAAGAGAAUAAAUCAAUUUAAAUAAGUCACUGCAGAGAAAGUUAAUAAUUAAUUAAAUGUUAAUCACUUAGGCGGUAAUGCCGACAUAGUGUGUCAUAUUUCUAUAAGCUUUUGUAUUUUAUUUUGGACUAAGCUUAGGGUGUAUGGACAUGCUAUAAUGUGCAUUUAAUUUUUUUAGCAAUGGAAUGGAAACAUCUUUAGGUGUUUGGAUAACAUCAUGUUGGCUUUUUGGAAUGAUAAAUAAACAUUGGUUUUCAAUUUUA